AUAUAAUAUGUUUACACAUCUCAUGCUAAUGUAAACAAAUAUUAUAUUCCUAGAUUUAUAUUUAAAAGAUGUUUAUCAGAUAGUGUUUUUCUGCUGAUGAGACUAACAUCUUGAAAUAAAUAUUUAUCUAAAUGUCCAUAGUCGAGUAUUAACGAGAGUGGGAUAUCGUUAAUGCAUGUGAGACUAGUGUGUGUUGGAUGUUUGACUUAGUCUCAUGGUCAAUGACGUUCAGUACUCUAUGUAAGCUUAGAUUUGAUGCAAUCCAUCUCAACCGAGAAUGGAUUUCUGGCUGAAGGCUCGGAGCUUAGCCGAGGAAGCGGCAAAGCGAUCCCAGGAGUUGACCAUGGAGGCGGCUAAGCGGUCGCAUGAGCUGACAAUUGAGGGCUCAGCCAAGUUUUCCGACGUGGUUUUGGAGGCGUCUAAGCGAUCCAAAGAGAUCGCCGCCGAGGCUUCCAAGCGUUCUAAGGAGAUUGUAGCCGAGGCGUCCAAGCGCGCGGACCAGAUAAAAGUCGACGCACUCAAGCGCGCCGAGCAGAUCAAGGCUCAAAUUCCUGCCGCCGCGAUCUCUCACCUUGUUCACCCGUCUUCUACUACAAGCACAAAAACGAUGGAGACGUCUGCGACUUCGGCUGAUCUGGAAAGAUUCGGCGUUACAGAUGAUUUGAGAGAGUUCAUUAAGGGGAUUACUAUGAAUACAUUCCAAGAUUUUCCUCUGCAAGAUAUUUCAGAAAUGUCCGCCAUUCCCACAGUCUCAAAUGUUUGCCAAGAUCUGAAUAAGUUCCAGGAGAAACAUGCAAAGCUCGUUCUCUCAUCAGUGAAGGAAAUCUCAAAACUAAGGUAUGCAUUAUGCCCUCGGGUGAUGAGAGAGAGGACAUUUUGGAAAAUCUACUUCAUUUUAGUUAAAAGCCACGUAGACCCCUUCGAAAAGAGAUAUAUAAUGGAAGAAGCAGAACUAAAAUCUGCUGCAAAGACUGAAGUGCAAAAAGAUUAUUCUUCAUCUGGUACCACUUCUAAAACCACUGUUGAGGGAAAUGUGCAGACCAGUAAAAAGACAACAUCAACUACUGAGCAAGAUUUGGAUAUUUUCCUUCUAGGAGAGGACAGUGAUGAUGGACCAGAUGAUGGUGUUGGUGGUUUUGACGAUGAUUUUGACAAGAUAUAGAUCGGUAAGGCAACUUUCCACAUAAUCCAUCUCAUGCAGCAACGUUCUUCACAUGAGUUUCAAAAGUAAUACCAUCCAAUAUACUUCUCUUAGUGACCGUCUCGCUAGGUUUGAGUGGUCCAACCGGGUUUGAGGGGACUCUUGGGGAUGGGGCUUGUCCUUUUUUUUCAAAUGUAAUACCAUAGUUUGUGUUUCACUAAAUGAGUAGAAAGUAAACGUUCUUCGCGUACUAGCACUAUUAGUGUUCGAAAUGGCAUAUUGCGUAAGACUUCAGGUGUAUUGAGUCGUAAGCAUCAUUUUAAAGUGCCAAAAUGUGUAUAGAAUAUUACUCUCUCCGUCUCAAAUUAAGUUGUUUGUUUAUUAUUUACGGGAUAAAAUUUCAUUAUUUAC